AUGGCAUCAAAACUGAAGCAAUUGCAAUCAAAGGCAGGUCAAGCUUCACAGUUUUUGUCAAAACAUGGAAGUGCUUACUACAAGCAGCUGAUGGAGCAGAAUAAGCAGUUUGUUCAGGAGCCAGCAACUGUUGAAAAAUGCAAUGAGUUGUCCAAACAGCUCUUCUACACUCGCCUUGCAAGCCUCCCUAACCGAAACGAGUCAUUCUGGAAGGAGGUUGAUCAUGUGAAGAAUCUAUGGAAGAACAAACAAGAUUUGCAUGUGGAACAAGUUGGAGUUGCUGCAUUGUUUGGGAUUGAAUGUUUUGCAUGGUUUUGUGCUGGUGAGAUUGUUGGAAGGGGUUUCACAAUCACUGGUUACCAUGUUUGAGUUUUUUUUUUUU